AAUUCUAGCAUAAGAGCCCUAAUUCUUUCAAUCAAUCAUUACCGAGGGGAUGGAGGCGCACUGCGCUGUGAUGGUGCGAAUCCGCGGCCCAGAUCCAAAGUCGCGGAAGAUGCUGCGCCAUGCUUUCCACGCAUCAGAAUCGGGCGAGACUACUCUCUCGGCAUCCGGUUUGCUGCUGCCGAUCGCUGGAAAAUCCGUGGUGGCGGUGACUUGCGCUUCGAUCGUGGAGCCGUAUCUAUCGCCUAGCGAUCUUGCGGACCAAGACUCGAUCAAACUUGUUCGAGGCGCGACUCUAGAAGUUCUUCUGCAAGCUCCUCCUAGCUCAAAUGAAUUUGGAUCCAGACCACUUUGGCUUCCAGCGCAAAUUUUAAAACUGGUGCUUGUGAAGCGGGCAUCAGAAGCGGUGAGAUCCUUACUCGACGUGCAAGGAGGCGAUGAGUUGUGGGAAAUGGGCUGGAGUGUGGCAAAUCCUCAAGAAUCUCGUCCGGAGAAUGCCACAGUGAGCGAUUUUUCUCGCAGCAAAGAGGGUGCUGUGCCUAAGACCACAGCUACGCUAGCAGCAGCUUUUACAAGGAUAGCUGUCCUCAGCGUGCAAGCAAAUACUACGGAACUGGUGCUCUCAAAUGUUUGUACCAAAGGCGAUUUUGUCCGCGCAAUUGGAUCACCUUUUGGUGCGCUAUCACCUCUGCAUUUUUUUAACAGCGUUUCGGUUGGCAAUGUCUCCAAUUGCUGGCCGUCGUCAUCUAGGCUCAUUUUAAUGGCUGAUAUCCGUGCUCUUCCUGGCAUGGAAGGUGGUCCUGUUUUUGAUGCUGCUGGUAAUCUUGUUGGGAUUCUUCUUAGGCCACUGCGUCAGCGCAGUUCUGGAGUUGAAGUUCAACUUAUCUUACCAGCCAAGGUUCUAGUGUCAGAACUGGAAGAACUUGGUUUCAACGUCAUGUACAACAUCUUUGACAACGAGAAGUUGCAAAGUAAUAAACACAUUCAAAUGGCACUUUCAUCAGUAGUUCUUCUAACAACAAGCAACGGAAGCUGGGCAUCAGGAACUCUUCUCAACAAGUCGGGCCUUAUAUUGACAAAUGCUCAUCUUUUGGAGCCGUGGAGGUUCAGAAGGUUAACAGUUGAUCCGUCGAACCCUUUGCUUCGGGACGAUUUUCUAGAGGUGGCCAACGUAUCAAAUCGUGGCCAGUAUUCACCCGUUCAAGUACGUCUCGAGCGCCAACAGCGACGUUCUUGGCAUUUUGCGACAGUAGUAUUUGUCUCGCAUGGACCACUGGACGUUGCUCUCUUGCAACUCACCUCGGUGCCUUACGAGCUCGAACCAAUUCCAGUCGACACCACAGAGCCAGUUCCUGGAUCAGCAGUAGCUGUGAUUGGCCAUGGACUUUUUGGGCCCCGAACAGAGCUAGGACCCUCUAUAACAAUCGGAGUUAUCUCACGAGUCGUGAAUAGCCGCGAGAUCGUUUCAAACCCGCAAGAGUGUGAAUCAAACACACCUGUGAUACUUCAAACGACUGCCGCUGUUCAUCCCGGUGGAAGUGGUGGCGUCGUGGUUAACAGCCAAGGUCGUAUGAUCGGCUUGGUAACAAGUAACGCAAAACAUGGUGGAGUCACAGUGAUCCCAUACUUAAACUUCAGCAUUCCUUCGGCAGCAUUACGCCCAGUGCUCCGGUUCGCCGAGUCCGAUGAUUUUUCACUGCUCUCAGAGCUCGACAAGAAAGACACUGGAUUGUCUGCCGUGUGGUCGAUGGUGGAUCCUCUAAAAACCGCUCCUCGGCCUCCUUUUGAUCCCAAGAACCAAGGCAAAGGCUUGCGAUUCGCGAAGUUCAUCGCUGACAACGACAAGCACGCGGGGUUCGAAUCCCUUCCACCGCAAAUCAAGUCGAUGCUCUAGGAGGGAUAUACCGCAUCUGGAAAUGGAAUAUCUCUCGUGGUC